AGUAUUACCAGUUUAUUUCCCUGCGUAGAGAUUUCCUAGCCUUUCUCUUAGGGAGAUCUAUCCGUUCUUUCAGAAAGGAGAAAUCACGUGGAUACCAAAGGUCAAGGAUUAUCACCGCUAGGCUGGAAGAUCUGCUUUUAGGAAUGUCGAAUUUAUCAUUGAGAAGUAUCUUGGAUACAUGCAAGCUUACUGGACCAAACUUUCUAGACUGGGAAAGAAAUGUGCGUUUAGUUCUUAGACAAGAAAAUAUUGAGUAUGUGUUAGACACACCGGUACCCAAGAUUCCUGAUGCCAACUCUCCUGAGUUUGCCAUGUUUGACCUGACUGCUCGAGAGAAACAUGUCACUGAUGCUAAAAAUGUGCAAUGUGUUAUGUUGGCUGCAAUGUCUAUGGAGUUGCAAAGGCAACAUGAUAGGAUGAGCGCCUUCGAGAUGCUUGAACACUUGAAAAGUCUGUUUGAUUCAGAAAGUCAGACUCUAGAGUAUGAACUUCUGACAGACAUUUUCAAGUGUAGGCUUCAAGAGGGUGGCAACGUGUAUGAGCACGUCCUCAAAAUGAUUGGCUUAAUGGAAAGAGUUGCAACCACCGGAAUUAAGUUUGAGGAUCGUGUCUCAGCUGCUAUCAUCCUAUAUUCGCUUCCGAGUUCAUUUACUAACUUCAUUGUGAAUUAUAAUUUGAACAAAACGAAAGCGACCAUGCCUGAACUCCAUAACAUGCUCAAGUCUUAUGAAGCCUCAACCUCUAAAGGAAAGAUUGUUCUUAUGGUAAGCUCUAAUGCUAAGUCUCGUUCUAAGAACAAGAAUAAGCAAAAGAAGAAAGGUAAGGUUGGACCUACUCCUACAGCUCUGAAGCCUAAAGGUGGAGGUUAUAUGAAGCCAAAGGUUGCAAAGGAUGUUUGCCUCUACUGCAAAGAGAAGGGGCAUUGGAAGAGAGAUUGUGAGCUGUAUAAGGCUAAUCAAGCCAAAGCACCGGGUGCUUCAAGCUCAGAAGCCUAAGAAGCAGUGUAGCAGUUGGACUGGGUAAAAUUGACCUACGCGUGAAGGCUGGAGCAAAAGUUGCUGCUGAACGUGAUAUGAUCUUAUAGUUUAGAUUUGCCCAGUGAUUUUAGAUUAGAAUUAAAUAAUUGUUAUUUUAUUCCUUCUAUUACCAAGAAGAUUAUUUCCAUUCAUAUGUUAG